UACUUUGUAAACCGAAAUUGAUGCCGUUGAAAUCCAUGACAUUAGAGAAAAUAGAGAAAAUGCAAUUGGAAGCCGAAAAGAAACUCUCUAAUAGAUGAUUUUGUUUCAUUUAAAAUGACUGUUGGAAUAUUUAGCGCUGAAGUUGUGUUCGCUUUUAUUUUCACAACGAUAUUACUGAAUCGUUACGGCAAUUGGAAAACGCAAAAUGUCGUUGUCACGUUAUCUGUACUCAUCGCUUGGUACUUUUCCCUUCUCAUUAUAUUUGUUCUUCCCAUCGAUAUAUCUUUAGCUGCAUAUCGUAAAUGUGUCAAAGAUCAUUUACCACAAAACAUAACUAAUUCUAGUCAAGAUACAGUUACGUGUAAACAACCAUGGAGUUACGUGCCACAAUCGACAUUACCAAACAUGUGGAGAGUGGUUUAUUGGACUUCACAACUACUAACUUGGUUUAUCAUGCCAGUUAUGCAAUAUUACGUUAAAUCAGGAGAAUUUACAUUGAAAGACAAACUAAAAAACGCUAUUAAAAGCAACACUGUUUAUUACAGUACACUAAUGACAAUAGUUACGGUUUUAAUAGUUUACAUUGCUCUGAAACCUGGAGUGCACCUAGAUUGGCAAAAAUUAAAAGCUAUUGCAUCAUCAGCCAGCAAUACGUGGGGUUUAUUUCUCUUGAUAUUACUGUUGGGUAUUGCUCUAGUUGAUAUUCCCAGAGAGUUAUGGCGAUCUAGUCAAAUAGAAUAUACAUUGAGAAAAGUAUAUUUUAAGCUAUCUAAACUCAACACGGAAAAAAUUGAAUCUGAAGGAGCGUUGGAAGAUGUCAUUGAGUCGAUUAAAAACUUGAGUGUCAGUAUAAAUCCGGAGGAUCCUUUGUAUGAUUGUUUUCAAAUCAUUUUAAAAAAAGUUCCCGAAGAUUAUCGCGAUUCUUUAUCCAACAUAAGAUCGAAUUCAAGGAGGUCUCACACAACGGUUUCGAUUGGCGUAUUGACUCGUCUUCAUAAACAACUAAUCACCGCUGUACAUAUGUACCGGCGUACAGACACGCAAGGAAGUCUGACAUUGGAAAAAGCGAUUUUUUUAGAAGAUGUUAAUUUUAACAUGACAUCAAGAGACCGGAGUUUCAAGAAAACAUAUUGUGAACCAUCCAAGUGGAAUGACUAUGUUGAUAUAUCGAAAAUUGAAUGGUAUUGGUGGUGUUGUGUACACCCAGCACUUCUCCGUACGUUAGCAGUUUUGACCGGCAUAUUAUCGGUAACAGUAGUUUGGUCCGAAAUGACAUUUUUCAAAAAACAACCUGUGCUCUCUAUUUUUGCUCUCAUGGUGAACGCGGCUAAAGAAUCAAACGACUACGUAAUGAUACAGAUUCUAUCGACAAUCGCCAUUGCAUACUUGGCGUAUUGCACGUAUUCAACGAUAUUCAAAAUAAAACUGCUCAACAUAUACUAUCUAGCGCCAAACCAUCAAACCACGGAGAGCAGUUUAAUAUUUUUCGGGCUGUUAUUGAGCCGUCUUACAUCGCCCAUGUGUUUGAACUUUCUGGGAUUAAUUCACAUGGACAGUCAUGUGAUUAAAAGUAGAAUUCUAGAAACCGACUACACCCAAAUAAUGGGACACAUGGACGUAAUAACAAUUAUCAGCGAUGGGUUUAACGUAUACUUUCCCACUCUUAUUCUGAUCGUGUGUCUGGCGACUUACUUCAAAAUCGGCUCACGGAUAUUAUCCAUGUUGGGAUUUCCUCAGUUUUUGGAGGACGAUGAACUGGUAACCGAUUACAUUCAAGAGGGUCGCUUAUUGGUCGUACGCGAAAAAGAAAGACGGGAACGUAAAUUACGAGGCAAUGAAAUGCGGCGCAAGUACAGAGAACAAAGCCGUUCUACUAGAAGCGUUGAAAAUCCUGAAGAAAGACUUCCGCCGUCCAGACAAGAAAACAUGAAAUCCUAUUUGUUGGACAACGCCGAACCCGUCGACAGGUCGUAUCAGAGUUACGCUACAGGCAGCAUCAACGAAUCGGAGAGACAAUUACCGAAUGUCAGUACGAGACCUAGCACCACGUGGGAACCACCGAGGAAUAUAUUUAGUGACUUAUAGUUCACUUAUUAUUAUUAUUAUUAUUAUUUUUAUAUUAACAUGAUUGUGUAAAUAUAUUUUUAAAUCCCAAAUAAUUUAAAUCAUUCCUUAAAUUGUAUUCGACGUAAACACUAUUAUUGAAUUCUUAUACUAUAUUAAUUAUCGUGCACAUUUCGGUAUAUUAUUUAAAUUAUCUCUUUUGAAUGUAUCAAUAUUGGUUAAAAUAUAGAAUAUUGUGUAUUGA